AUGCAGGGAGCCAGGAGGUUCUGUGUGCCACAUGGAGGGGACAUGGGGAUCCUAGCGAGUGGCGAGGGGGUGAAGGGCGAGGGGUGGCGCAUCGCCCCCCUGCCAGGCUGGAGGCUAUUUGAGGAGGCGUUGAAAAUGGAGGACAACAGUGUGGAGAAAGGGAAGGGGGAGGAAUAGAUAAUAAUAUCCUCUGUGUUUGUGGGAAAUGUGAGCGUUGCUGGCUAUGUCUAUGUGUGUAGUAAAUUAUACGUACUGCAUUUUGUUUGUGUCUGUGUGCAUGCACUGCUGAAGACAAACAGGCUGUGUGUGUUCUUGCUUGUAUGCACAAGUCAGUUUGUUGGCUUCCUGUAGUUAGAAAUAAGCAUGCACAUACAGUAAAGCAGUCUCCUCUCUGUCUACAUGUCAUGUCUGCACUCAAGGCAUCAGAGUGGCCUUUUAUUUAUUAUACACCCUGGUGGCCAGGCCCCAUCCUGCUAUGAAGUGACAUUGUUUAAUUUAGGGAAGGGGAAUUUUGUGUUUAAAAGGUUUAAAAGGAGGGUAUGAGUGCACUCAAAUAGAGAAUGGAACCACCCCAUUUUUACUUGAUAAUGAGAAUCCUUACAUUAUUCCUUCCUAAAUAUUUUAGUGUAAAAAAAAACACAGACUUUAUGAUAUCCUCAGCUAACCAGCUGUCUGCAUAUUGUGAAGUACACAGUACAGUACAUGAGUUUAAGUAUACCAUAAAAGCAGAUGACCAUCCCUCUAUCCCAUUGUGAGAGGAAUGAGAGCCCGUACCCUGGUUGGCCUGCAUACGUUCACCUGUCGGUUGGCUGGCUGGCAGAGUGGAGCGGGUCGGGCUGCUCAGGGCUUUACUGUGUGUUUGUGUAGAGCCUGCAUUUGCAUGGCUGCCAGCAAAGAGGCUGGUACAGGGGGAGGGAGGCGCUUUAUUAAUGUUUACAGAUCCAGCUAGGAAACCUGACGGACAGGAAGGAAGCACCCCUGCGGCAAUGAUCUGCCAAACACACAACACUCACCUCACACAGCAUGAUAAAAAACCCAUACACACAAAAACACACACACAUGCAGACACACAUUCUUUUUUCCAACUAAUGUUGAAAGUAUUUGACAUUAUCCUCCCUUCUCCUCUUCCCCUCACAUACACUAUGUUGCUUUUGUGUCACUUCGUCCCAAAACACUGCACUUGUUGUACAGUAGGCCUACGAGCAAAAUUGUACAAAGUGAACCCUACAGCACAGUCUCUUUGAUUAGAGCCACCCUGUGCUUUCUGAGAAGCAGCUUUGUGUACGUCAAUGUUCUGCUGAUGAACAGAGAGAGAGAGAGAGAAGACGUGCGAUAGAAAGAGAGAAAAAAGAGGAGAUGACUGAAGUGUUGAGACCCUCCCUGUCGCUGCUCGCAUGCAGUUGCCCCACCACCUUUCCCUCUCUCCCCCCUCUCCCUCUCUCCCCCCUCCGUCUCCCCCUCUCCUCCCUCUCCCCCUCUCCCCCUCUCCCCUCUCCCCCUCUCCCUCUCCCCCUCUCCUCCCUGCCGAGUUCAGCUGAAUUAAUCCCCUAACCGUAUUUAGCCUCCGUCUUCUCUCUCUGUGUGAUGACAUCACCCGUCACAUAUCCUCCGAGGGGAAGGGCUGUUAGUACUUUAUCUAUCUCACCCAGAGUUAAUCAGUUCCUGAGAAAGAUGAAUUCACCAGAGACGAGGGACACAGGGCUGGGCUGAGAACAUACAUGACUAAGAUAAAAACAGAGGAAAAGGAAAAUUGCCUAUUUGUUUGUAGCUCAACCCUAGGUGAGAGGCAACAGAGGCAGCCAUGGUGCUCUACACUAUGUGUACAGUUCAUAAACUUGCAUGCAUGCAAACAGAGACAUGUGUAUGCACAUGCAUUCAGUCAUAGCAGGCCCUUUACUACUGUGUAUUCUGUUUUUAUGAUACUACCACACUCUUUCCCACACACAUUAUUGUACUUCUACAGAAUUAACUUGAUCAUUGCUGUUUGUUACCAAUAUUUAUUCUGUUGGGUGUGUUCACACAAUUUCAGAAGGUUGAGGGGGGAAAUGGGGAGGGUGGGAGUGGGGGGCAGGUUGAUUCUAUUUGCAUUUGGCACGCAGACUGUACAAAGAAUGCAAAUAGACAAUGACAUUUGCGGUGCUAUCUUUCUUGACAGUGCAGUCUCUCUUCAUAGUAAACAAAGAGAGGCGAGUGUUCAUGUGUUUAUGUGCACACAGCUGUGUCUGUGUGUGUUGGUGUGUGUGUCUGUGUAUGUGUGUGUCUGUAUGUGUGUGUGUGCACCUGCCAGGUGUGUCCAUCCCCUAAGUCAGCAGCUCGGCCACGCCUAUGCUCCACAAAUCACAUGAAAGGCUCGCCCUCGGUGCCAAUUGCGCUUUCAAAGGCCACCUUGAUGUUGAAAUGGAGAUGGGUGUUUCUGAAAAAGCCUACAGGUAGAUCAGUGCCAGGAGAGAAAAAAGUGUCACAUCUGUCUGACUUUGGUGCUUUCCUGUCUAACCACCUAGUCAGCCCAGCCAUCCUCACUUCAACUCCCAGAUGCAUAACCUGCAGACAUGGUGACAUAGCAGCAGCACUUAUGUCAAAGAGGAAGGUUUAGAGGAAAAACACCUCAUUUAAGAGACCCGUGAUCUAAUCUGAUGUGGAAUUGGACAUGGGCCGUUAAAGACAUAAAGGACACACAUUUCUAAGGCCAAUCGAGUAGGAGGUAUGGAGAGAGUCUGUUGUUUGGAAUGACCUGAGAGGUAUGGAGAGAGUCUGUUGUUUGGAAUGACCUGAGAGGUAUGGAGAGAGUCUGUUGUUUGGAAUGACCUGAGAGGUAUGGAGAGAGUCUGUUGUUUGGAAUGACCUGAGAGGUAUGGAGAGAGUCUGUUGUUUGGAAUGACCUGAGAGGUAUGGAGAGAGUCUGUUGUUUGGAAUGACCUGAGAGGUAUGGCGAGAGUCUGUUGUUUGGAAUGACCUGAGAGGUAUGGAGAGAGUCUGUUGUUUGGAAUGACCUGAGAGGUAUGGAGAGAGUCUGUUGUUUGGAAUGACCUGAGGCGAUGGCGAGCGCUCUCUCUACGCUCAGCCUCUCCAUCACACUUGAUUUCUGCGAUUAAAAACGGAGCAAAUAUUGGCUGACUGACUGAUAAAUCCGCUGGAAUGCGGUCUGUAAAUUGAAUAUGUUCGAUUGAUUUCAGAGGAAACUUAUGUCCUGGGACAAACAUUCACACCAUUCACUCUGACUAGGUACAGGAGUGGGGCAAGAGGGAGCUGGCAGAUGCCAUGUAUACAGUGACUCUGCUAUAAUACUUCCGUCUGUUAGUGUCCUCAGCCAUCCAGCCUGAGGUGAGGCCUGUAGAGCCAUGGCAUGAUUAGGUUUCUUCAUUAGUGGCGAGGUAGGGCUGAGAGGUCAGAGGUGAUGCUUCUUUGACCCUGGCUGAUGUGACCCAUACACCCAUCAGCAUCGUGUACAACCCCCUAAAGAGAAACACUAGGCCUCAACUACCCCCAAACCUCUCAGCUACCCCCAAACCCUCCAUACACACAAACACACACCAAGAGAGAAAAACAGGCAGACAGAAAUAGACACACACACACUACUGUAGAUAAUCCCACUAAAGCCCCGCUGUGAAAGCACCGCAAAUGAGCCUAAAUACCUCAGCCAGGGACAGACAGAACGAGAAAGAGCUAAACCAUUAGCUCAUCACAGGCUCUUUUUCCUCUCUUCUCCCCAUCUGUGUCUCUCUGUUUGCUUUUCUGAAAGUCGUUGUGACAUGAAUGCAGAAGUUUCUAUUAAGGAGGAAAUAAAGAGGAGCAUAGCAUUGUCUACUGCUUUGUUAUGCCCCUUUUCUACUUCUCAGGCUAGUUAUAUAAGUCUGCUCCUGUCUGGGUGGACACACACACCCCUCUUUAUGUGCACACAUAUGCCCCGGGGGGGGGGGUUUCAUCCAACAACAUUUUCACUUUGUAUUCGCUGACGUCAUACGCAGCAAGUGGACACGCAAAGAAUUACAGAAUUAUUUACAGAGGCCUCAGCCAGUACUUUUAAUUCUGCCUGAUGGUGCAAGUGAGGCAGCCUAGGGGCUUUUUCUCAGAAACACAGAGAAGCACGGCCAAUUGCAUACCCAAACUCAGCCCCCUUUCCUCCCCAAACGUCUUUCCUGUUUACCUACCAAUGGAGGGAAGUAUAAGCCCACUCUGUUAACUGCUUCUUCCUUAUUUUCACUCACCCAUACAGGAGGGAGUUAUUACAACCUUUUAGACCUAAUUUAAUAAAAGUUCAGAUCUCGAUUUAGACAAAUAAAUAGCCCAUGAUUUGGAAUGUUUUCUCCCUUACUGCAUUAUGACAAACAGUUUUUCUAUGGAGAGGGGAGGGGGUGAAUAGUGUGAAGGAGUACCUGUGGCUUACUGGAAAACGCUGUGGAUGACUCUGUGGUUGACAUAUUUAUUUUUCUGGGACUUAAUGGUAAGGAACAGUCAGCAAAUAAUAGGUGUUUGGAGAUGUAAUGUUGGUUCCAGAGCUGGAGGAGUCAGUAAUCCCUUGGGUAAACAUGGGGGAGAGAAGACUUGGCUCUUCAGCCUGUGGUUCAAACAUCACUUUAACAAAGGCAGCAAAUACUAACCACUGGCCAGCCUGUUACAGCAUUUUAAUGUCUGGUCUGCACUAUGGGCCCAAUUCAGACUUAGGAAAUCUAUUCCUUUUUUACACGUUUUGAUUUAAGCACUUCUCAGUAGUUGGUAUUCAGACUUAACAUAUGCAGGUGCGCAAUGGGCUUUGUAGGCGUGGCUCCCUUACACGCACUGAAAAAAUGUAAUUCAACCGCUAAAAACCCUCCCACUUGCUGGCCAAAACAUUUUCUUGUGGCGUUUUCAUUCAAUAGGGUUUUCAGUAAGUACAUUUAUCUAAAGCCAUCACCUUUAAAUACAGUGUACCUUUAAAUAUAAUUUUCUCGACAGACUCACGAGAAUAUAUAUCGAGAGACAGGUUCAGAAUAGGGAUCAAUGAAAGAAAGCCAUCUAAAUACAGGCAUAUUCGUCUCCUUUUCGGUACCAAUCGGUAGAUUAAAAAAAUACUCUGAUCUUAUACAUUAUUUAGGGUUAGCAAAGUAUUUAUUAAUCAUACAUAAACAGGGUUGGAGAGCCUUUAUGAACAAAAUACAUUGUUCAAUAAAAAAUACAGGGGUUUGAUUCAUCCUGAAAGUUGCCAUUUAAUUCUUCAAUCCAUGAAAUAUUGGAAGAAUAGAAAAGUGUACAAUAGGGGUUGAACAAUAGUCUACCCUAAUCCUCAUUAAUCACAGAACUGUGAGACUCCAGGUUCAAACUGCUAUGUAUAGUCUGCGUUCUAUAAUUAUUCAAAUAGGCUACAUAUCCCAAAUUAUUGCAGAUCUUGUAAUACGUUAGCCUAAUAUGAUCCACUAUUGCUAGCGACCAUCAGGAACAACCACACGGAUGUGACGGAGGAAAGAAAGGUAAACAGAAUGUAAUGAAAUGAUACAAAAUGUAGGCUGCAAAUUGAAGAAAACUAACAGUCACUGCACUGAGGUGACAGUUAUUAUGUAUGCGGGUAUUACUGACGGUGGAUACCGAUAGUGGCUAAUAUUUAAUAUGAUAGAAAUGGUAAUAAAAAUUAAAAACGGAAAAGUCUGGGCAUAUAAUGAAAACAUUCUACAGUGCAUAAAUCAACUCUGUAGGUUCAACGCUAAUGUCAGUGCGCACGGGUUUCCAUAGGCUACAGCCUGGGCUUGGGUCUCCAAAUUUCAUCCCCGCAAAUUAUGAAGCUAUAGGCCUACAAUUCAAAUUCAGAAUAAAUACAGCUAUUUAUACUUUACUGUGGAAAAGAGGCCGAAAUACCUGUCAUGUUGGCAUGCUUUUCAGUUUGCUGAAAUAUGACUGGUUUCACAUUUUGUCUCUAGUGAUCAUAAGGUAAAAUAGACCUAAAACAAUUGUCAUUUAUAUUUACAAUCCCCUUAUCCAAACAGAUUACUCAUUUACCUAGGUCUUAUCAAUACAGUAGUUCUUAUCAAUUUAUGAAUUACAGUGCAUGGAGAUUGGUGUUAUUUCUAUCGUAAAAAAAAGUCAACGUUUUUCCACUUGGAAUCGACAGGUUGCUCAACCUUAUUCAUGGUUUCCUCACGCGUAAAGGUGGUGGAAUUAUGAGGGCAUUAAGUCAAUGUCAGAAUACACACCUCUGCCACACCUUAAUUUCUUAGAUCUCCACCCCCAACCGAAUAGUGGUUGAAUAGCAUGCUAUUCUCAUGCUUAAGUUCAAGGUCAGAAUACGCAUAGAGAGAAAAGUGGAUAAAAAGGGAAAUAUGUUCCAUUUACGCGCGCUUAACUUGGGUUGGAAUUUCCCCCUAUGAGAAUGUGGACAGGGCUUUUUCCUGUGGCACUCUGCUGACCUUGAUCGUAGUCAAGAUUAAAGUUUUGAGAAUGACACAAAUAUUAAUUUUCACAAAGUCUGCUGCCUCAGUUUUGAUUAUGGCAAUUUGCAUAUACUCCAGAAUGUCAUGAAGAGUGAUCAGAUGAAUUGCAAUUAAUUGCAAAGUCCCUCUGCCAUGAAAAUGAACUUAAUCCCAAAAAAACAUUUCCACUGCAUUUCAGCCCUGCCACAAAAGGACCAGCUGCCAUCAUGUCAGUGAUUCUCUCGUUAACACAGGUGAGAGUGUUGACGAGGACAAGGCUGGAGAUCACUCUGUCAUGCUGAUUGAGUUAGAAUAACAGACUGGAAGCUUUAAAAGGAGGGUGGUGCUUGAAAUCAUUGUUCUUCCUCUGUUAACCAUGGUUACCUGCAAGGAAACACGUGCCGUCAUCAUUGCUUUGCACAAAAAGGGCUUCACAGGCAAGGAUAUUGCUGCUAGUAAGAUUGCACCUAAAUCAACCAUUUAUCGGAUCAUCAAGAACUUAAAGGAGAGAGGUUCAAUUGUUGUGAAGAAGGCAUCAAGGCGCCCAAGAAAGUCCAGCAAGCACCAGGACCGUCUCCUAAAGUUGAUUCAGCUGCGGGAUCGGGGAACCACCAGUGCAGAGCUUGCUCAGGAAUGGCAGCAGGCAGGUGUGAGUGCUUCUGCACGCACAGUGAGGCGAAGACUUUUGGAGGAUGGCCUGGUGUCAAGAAGGGCAACAAAGAAGCCACUUUUCUCCAGGAAAAACAUCAGGGACAGACUGAUAUUCUGCAAAAGGUACAGGGAUUGGACUGCUGAAGACUGGGGUAAAGUCAUUUUCUCUGAUGUAUCCCCUUUCCGAUUGUUUGGGGCAUCCAGAAAACACCUUGUCCGGAGAAGACAAGUUGAGCGCUACCAUCAGUCCUGUGUCAUGCCAACAGUAAAGCAUCCUGAGACCAUUCAUGUGUGGGGUUGCUUCUCAGCCAAGGGAGUGGGCUCACUCACAUUUUUGCCUAAGAACACAGCCAUGAAUAAAGAAUGGUACCAACACAUCCUCCGAGAGCAACUUCUUCCAACCACCCAAGAACAGUUUGGUGACGACCAAUGCCUUUUCCAGCAUGAUGGAGCACCUUGCCAUAAGGCAAAAGUGAUAACUAAGUGGCUCGGGGAACAAAACAUCGACAUUUUGGGUCCAUGGCCAGGAAACUCCCCAGACCUUAAUCCCAUUGAGAAUUUGUGGUCGAUCCUCAAGAGGCGGGUGGACAAAAAAAACACACAAAUUCGGACAAACUCCAAGCAUUGAUUAUGCAAGAAUGGGCUGCCAUCAGUCAGGAUGUGGCCCAGAAGUUAAUUGACAGCAUUCCAGGGUGGAUUGCAGAAUUCUUGAAAAAGAAGGGUCAACAUAAACCUAAUGUAAUUGUCAAUAAAAACCUUUGACACUUAUGGAAUGCUUGUAAUUAUACUUCAGUAUACCAUAGUAACAUCUGACAAAAAUAUCUCAUAACACUGAAGCAGCGAACUUUGUGAAGACCAAUACUUGUGUCAUUCUCAAAACAUUUGACCACGACUGUAGAACAACAUGAUAUUGCAACAAUAAAACAAACUCGUGCUUGUACACAUUUAUAUGCACUUACACACACGCAAAUACACAAGAAAAUUCACACCUCCGAUUUGACAUAUCUGGAGUCUACCUUCCUGUCAUUUGUCACUCUGAGCAGUGUGUGUGCGACCCUUGCACUUGUAUGUGCUUGUAACUAAGUUCAUGCGCACCGAGGUGUGAAUAAGAAACCGUUUCACAAAUCUGCUAACAUUGUGUUGACGCAUGUGACAACGAUGGCUGCUUUCCUUUCUCAGAGAUCUGCGAGGACACCUCCCCUCCCUCCUACCAACACCUCACUGCUUAGCACGCCUUGGCUACCCCUGUACACACAGCCCUGCAACCCCUACGUCCUCGCACCUCCAGAGCUAAAACAACACUCUCAGUGCAGCUUAUAUCUUUAAUAUGAUCUGUCACCGGGGCGAAAAAGGGCCCUCUCUGUUCAGCAGGCUGAGUCUGCAGCAGAAGUGCUGAAAAACAACAACCUCCCUCACCUCCUCCUCACCCACCUUUACUGCCUCCGCCCUACUAACACACAUCACCCCUCCCCAGAGGAGACACACACACGUACAGUAGUGUAGUGGGACAAAAGAGGGCUGAUUGCUCAGUGCUAUGGGCCUCUCUUUAUUGUUAGUGGAUCCGGAUGUAUUGGGCCUAGCCUGCACCCCUCCACUCAUUCUGCCUGCCCUGACCUGCGCCACUGUAGGGCUGUCCCUGUGUGGCAUAGCCCCUAUUCCUCACUAAUCACACAAACUUCUAACUACACUACCAACACACACAGCCUUAUCCCUUCAUCAAGACGGGAAGACUGGAUCUGUGCUCACACACACAGUCUCACAUUCUCUCUUAUGCUGUGAGUGUGUUUUCAGCCCUGCUGUAGACAGGGGGAUUUCAGGCUGAGUAUGGUCCCUAGGGGGAGCAUAGCUAGCAUCUGCUCUGAGACAGACAGACAGCAGUAACAGGCUGGGAAGAGAGCCAGGCUUAGCUAAGCUUCCCCUGAUAGAUUGGGGUAGGCUGUGGAAAUCCCACCAGUACACAGACCUGUGUGCAACAUGGGCAGAGUGACAGUCUACUAGUCACAGCCACGUAAGUAUUAUGGAAUCCCAUGGUGGAAUUUACUACUUGCUAAAGGCCCUCCGUCUCAUGGUGAUAGUUUACAGUCUGAAAUAAUGCAUCCAUUCAGUUCAUGACGUGGACACCGGACGUCAAUAUAUAUAACAAGAGACAUUAAAAUAGUUAAUUGUGUGUGUGUUUACGUGUCUCUGUGUGUGUCUGUAAAACUCAUUUAGCCAGACUAGACAGCCACAAACACUACUCAAAAAGAACCCCCACAUCCUUCUGGGUUAGGCUCAAACUGAUCUAUGAUUGGACAGCCUCUAAAACCCAACUCUGUCAUUGGUUGAGUUGUUGUGACAGUGUGAUAGCUAAAGCCUCAGGCUUCUUGAUGGCACCAGUAAUAGAGUGAAAGGGGAAGUCAGAGGGGGUAGGGAAAAGGCGGGAGGCAAAAUAGUCAAGAGAGGAGGAAGAGGAAAACAGGUGCGCAACGCUUCGCUCAACAGAUGUUGAAACGUCUUCGAGCUCCAACACAAAGCGGAAGUUUGCUAGCAACCCGACCGACGCCACUCCAACACGCUCUCAACCGUCAUUCUGAGGCAGGUUGACAUUUCUGACUGACAAAGAAACAGUAAGAGAGAGUUUAUAGUUCAGGAUAGAAAGUAUAGGGCCUAUUGACUUUAAAGGUUCCUCCCUAAUACACGCAUAUUCACACACAAGUCACUGAACACACUCAACAGCAGCAUGUUAGUUGUAUGUGUUGUUUUUGUGACACUAUGAAUCAUCUCAGCAGCUGUAUCCACACACUACAGACAGGGACAUCAACAUGUCAUAACAAUAGAGAACGCUGCUCUCUAUAGCUAUUGGUACAGUGCUAACAUAUAAUGUACCUAACUUACUAUGUACACAUAUACUGUAUAAAGGCAGAGCUCUGGUCCAUCUGUGGACGUUAACAUCAAGGCUAGGGUGGACUGACCAAAUUUCAACUACUUUUCAACGUCCAUGGACGCCCAGUGUCAGUCGGUGCCCAGUGGAUGAGGAUGCUGUUUAUAGUAAAUGGAAAGAGAGUGGGCUCAUGGGUAGGUGUCAGUAAGAGCUGGGAGAGGUAACAGAGUGAGAGAGAGUGAGAGAGAGAGAGAGAGAGAGAAGGGGAGAGCGAGGGAGGGGUUGUCCAGACUCAGACUUUUAACAUUCGUGGUUUGACAGAAAGAGAAAGAAAACGGUUAUCAGCUGAACAUAACAGUAUGUCAGUGGAAGGGAGGACAGUAGCAGGUGACCAAACUGUGGUUUGUGACUAUCAUGAUUUCCCAUUGUAGCCAAUUCAGUUGCAGUAAUUCCAUUACAGAUUUUUUGGUAAUUCCGUUACCAAUUUGGUAACGGAAUUACGAGUUUUAAUCACUUUAUAAUUCAUAAACAAAAUGUAUAUCAGUAAAAACACUAUAACUAAUUGAUAGGCCUACCUUUACUUGUUACUUCUGUUAACUUUUAUUAUCCUCCCUCCUCAUGAGAGAGAGAAAUUAGAAAAUAUCUUAAAGAUAUGUGGGUUUUUGCUAACGGAUGUUUUCUAAGAACCCUUUUCCAUCUGUUUAUCCAGAAAUCAAAGCCUUUACUUAUGCAUCAUUUUUAAGAUGGAAAAUGUUUUUUCUAAAUGUAACUAUACCUUCAUUUCCCAAAAAUAAAGACUCUUAGCUUUCAUUUGACACCCAAUUUGAUAUGGUCCUAUGAACUUCACACGUUGAUGCUCAUGGGUCCAUUUACAUGGAAAUUCCCAUAGUCCUUAUAGAGGUGCUGUAGACGUUUUCAGUCUUAUAUAGGCACUCAACCAAUAGUCUGUUAUCAAGUGCCUUUCAAGUCCAUGUAUACAACGAAUACAAAUAUUUACACUUCAAAUAUAUUCAGCACAGACCUGGGUCUGGGCCAAGGCACGUAUUGCCCUUUGCAGUCCAGAUAGAGUUUCACUUUGCCCCUGAAAACUCGCCUAGCCCUUUACUAAAAAAAGCUUGUGUUUAAUGUGUCUCUCUUUGGAAGGGAACAUAUGUUUCUUUCUUUCAAUGUUAGAAAAAAAGCAGCAGCACAGGGGUGAGGGAGGAAAGGGGCCGUAUCGGGUGAUCAUUCAGCUGGACCCGUCAGUGUUUAUGAGCUGUCAUUAGCACUCUCUGAGCAAACACUGUCUCUGUGUUCCACUGAUAUGGUCUUUAGAGGGUUAGGGCGGGACUUGCUGAGAUCGGCUUGUCUGGUCUGAAGGGGUUGUGAGCUCUGAGUAAGAGUUGCCCACAGGUCUAGAAUUCCCAAAUACUAACCUUAAUCAUCCUGCUCCUUGUGGCUCAAUGCAAUGUGUAGGCGAUCAAGGUUGAUCAUUUUGCUCUUCAGUGUUUAAAUUCAAAGGGACCAGUCACAGGGACAGUUUCCCACACUGAUGUAUCUUAUCUGUUAUACUUGAACCUAUCUACAUGUUCUGAAGAACACUAAAAACAUUGGGGAAAUCAAGGCCCUAUGUCUUUAGUUAAUCUGCUGAUAAAAUUGUAUUGUAUUGGGCAAAAAAAAAAAAAAAAUGCUGGGUGGUAAGGGCACAGACAUUAUUUCUAAAGAGAUUUUCAGUUAAAUGGAUUUUCAAUACAUCGUUAAUACCAGACAUUUUAUAUCAACCUUUUUAUUUGUUCCUCACAGUCCUCAUAAUGCUCUAAGAUGAUGCAACAGCCAUCUAGAGAGGAAGCUAGUAAAUCUACAGCUUCUGGCAUCCAUUUUACCUCUUCCAUGUAUUGAGCGCUGGUGUUUGAACCACAUCAUCUCUGCCUCCCCGUUGGCCUCCAUCUCCCAGCUCUAUCUUGUGGUUAUGAUAUCAUAGAGAAAAAACGGUGCAUUCUCUCCUAAGUGCACCCUGACACAUAAAAUAUUCAUCCCACCACAGACUCCCCUCCGAAAUGGGUCCUUAGUACACAGAGACCCAUGGUCAAGACCCUGUAAAGUGGGAGUCAACCUCUGUCGGUCUACCAGACACACUCAUGGAAAAGCUGGGGUCAGACCUGAAAAUAUGUUUAAACACUGUGUUGAACAGCAUCAGGCCAAGGGCACUGUCUGUCUCUAAACCAAGGCCAAGACAGGGACUAGAAAAGCAAAUCAUCCAUUCUCCCUCCAUCGCACCAAUCCAUUUCCUCUCUAUGAGGCUUAAAGUGGUGAUGAUAUCUAAGAGAAGAAAAGAGGAGGAAGGUUGCUGUAUAAAAUGUGUUAGCUCCCAGAUGGGAAACUGAUGAAGUUUUCUCUUAUAUAAAAAAGUCAAUGAGAGGGAGGGAGGGUGAGAGAGAGAAGAGGAGAAAGAGGGGAAUGAAGAGGGGGAAGAGAGGAGAGCUAGAGUCCACCAUGUGAGUUGAUUGGUGGUGUUAACAGUAACUGUGGGGUUUGGGGUAAUGAGCACCAGGCAUGGUCCUAAUGAAGCCUCAGCUCUGCUCCUAUGGUUCUCUCUCAUGGCUGGCCAAACCCUCUACUGGAAGUAGAGUACAGUGUGUCGCCACACACUCCCUGCCACUGCUGUGUGUGUGUCUGUGAUCAUGCGGUACAAUCACUUUCAUCCCCAAAGCGCCAACCAAUUCAUCCCAGACCACCACAGGCCACAGAAAAAGUGACCAAUUCUACAUCUUUUCCCCUGGUUGUUUUUUUCUUCUUCCACAGAGCUGGAUGUAUCAUUUCCCUGACCUCAGCCGUUUGAGGUGGUGUAAAUCUCUUAAUAACUGCACUAGGACACGUAUAUGGGUCUAUAUUUGGAGGGCCGUUUCUCCUGGCCUCCCCUGCUCUGGGGUGGAGCAGACAGUAGCCACAGUGUCUGUGUGGGAGAUGGAGCCAGCUAGGCUCUGUGCCUGCCUGUGUGGGUCCCACUUUCCCUCUUGAUGGUGUGGGGACUGGGAGGGGGACUGGGUUCAGAAGAGUGUGAAUAACAAGAUACUAGUUGUAAAAGUGUGUGAGUAUACGUGUGUUUAAGCGGGUGUGUCUGGAGUAGACUGUGUCCCUGUGUCAUAGUGAGAUGGUGGGUGUAUAGGUGGGGUCACUCACUUUUACUGCAUCCUACUACUUUUUUCAUGUCUGACUUCCAACACAGGGAACACAAACAGCUGGAGAUGUCCGACAGCCCUGGUCUCCGGAUUCAGACACAUUACUCAUACACACACACACACACACACACACACACACACACACACACACACACACACACACACACACACAGGUAGGUUAGUUUUUAAAUGUAAUCUGUUACAGUUACUACUUACCUCUCCAAAAUUGUAAUCAGUAACAUAACUUUUGGAUUACCCAAACUCAGUAAUGUAAUUACUUUCCGUUACUUUUAGAUUACUUUCACUUAAAGAGGCAUUAUAAGACAAACAUUUAUAUUACCAAUUGAAAGACAUCUAUUGCAGGAUAAAUCAAUGUUAGAGUUUACAUAGCUGGCCAUAAAUGGAUGUUGCAUUUUACUUUGUGGGUUGGUUAUGCAGGCUUCUUCUAACCCAUUGCUUUCUACGACAUAUAAUAAUAAUAAUAAUAAUAAUAAUAAUAAUAAUAAUACAAUUGUAUAUUUACAUUAAAAUCCAAAGUCUGUCAGAUGUCCAGUCAUUCCAAUUAAUUUAAUACCCCUUGAUCUUCAAGAAUAGGACUUGGAAAUAUAGAAAUAUAGAUUAGCCAAAUUGUUUUACCUGAGCAUAACCCCAAAACUAAAGGACUUAUUAGCCUACUCUGUUGUUUAUGAUUUUGUUGUCAUGGAGGACUGAUUGGAUUCAUUGCUUCGAGUUGAAAAAGAAAUGCUGCUCUCAUGGAAUGGCAGGCUUUGAGCACUACCGAAAAGUGCUAUUUGAAUGUGAAAAAUUAAUGCCGUAUACUGCAUCUGCUAUAGACCUAUUGUUUACAUUUUUGUUGGUGACACUUUGAUAUCUUGAUAAUAUAUGCAGAUGUUUAAGUCUAUCAAAAGUGUGCAAGUUUGAGCAUUUGUCCGUUAGGCCUAUGGAUUUUGUUUUAUCAGCACGCAUUAGAUUGAACAAUAAAAGCCCCACUAGUCUUCUUAAAUGAAACUAGUUGUUGACAGUAUUGAGCACAAUACCUCGGAGAACUUUAAAGGAGUAACUCCUUCAAACUUUUAUUGCUUAGGCUUGGAUCCGCACUGGUCGCAAAAACAAUGAUUGAUAGGCAGUUUAAACUUAAUAAAUUCAACCAUUAUUGGGUUAAAAUACACAUACACAUUUGUGAACAGCCAUCCACAACAACCACAAUCCGUAAGACGCAAAUAGCUAAAGGAGAGAGCAGCAGUGUGAUUCACAUCAAUAAUAAGUGAUAUCCGUAUCGCCUGUAGGCUACACCACGUUUAUUCAAGUUGGAAAAUCUUUGGUCGCACCAUUGGAAGACAUAGCUUGGACUGUAGCCUACUAAAGCCUAAUAAUGCUAUUUUCCAGUGAUCCAUCAAACGCAUUUGGUGUGCCAUCAUAGUGGUCUCUGACUUGUGGUCAGACUCACUCAGGCGGAAACAAACUUGCGUCUUUUUUCAAUGCUCAUUUGAAUGUCAUUGAGAAAACAGAAAGGUGUCAAAUAAACAUCCUUUCUGAAUUUAAAAGUAAUCCUAGAAGUAAUCAUCUAGUUUUUCAAAAGUAUCUGUAAUCGGAUUACAAUAUUUUUGCUGGUAACGGAACGGAUUACAGUUAGUUUUUUGUAAUCCUUUACAUGUAAGGGAUUACACACACACACACACACACACAGGGGAGGGUGUUGAUCCCAGUGUGAGUAUACAUGUGUGGGUGUUUUUUUGUUUCCUGCAAGUGGAAAUGUGUUGGUGUGUGUAAGGGGGAGGUGAUUGUGCGAUAGAUAAAUACCCAUCACCCACACUAUGUUUUGUUAUGUGCAUGCAUGUGAGAGUGUUAAUUUGAAUGCGUCUGCAUCAUUGGAAGCAUUGUAGACUAUUCUAGUCUACUUGGGAGUCAAGCUCAGUCCACAUCAUUUAUGUGUGUACGUCUGUGUAUGUGUGAAGGGGGCAGGGGGGUAGUGGGGGGGGGGGGGGGGGGGGGGUGCGAGAUAGGGAAUUCUAUAUUGUAAAGAGAAGAGGGAGUGAUCUCUAGAGCGGUAAACGGGAGGAUACAUUACCCAUGGGUCAAGUCGCAGGGAGGGAAGAUAUAUUGCCCAUUGGUCAGUCUGGAGAGAGGAUGGGCAAAAUCCAUAUCAGUCCGUCUGCUGGCCCCCUUUAUAUAGUGAUAAAAUAUUCAAAUCUAGCCAUUACUUCGCAUUAGAGAUCCAGGGAUAAAACCACAGAAUGUUUACAUGUUCUUUCAGACGUGUUUGUUGCAUUGAUAGUAACAUUUAAAUCCCUUCCUCCAUUAGAGGCGUCCCUCAUCCGGACUCACGUAUGGCAUUUAGGUGUGUGUGUGUGUGUGUGUGUGUGGUGUGUGUGUGUGUGUGUGACACCACAUGUUAAAUAAGAUGGAGAGAGAUUGCAUUGAAUUAGCCUUUCAAGUAUAACUUUUAAGGAAAACUAUUCUGAGGAAGAGAUAUCAAAGUGAUUCAGGUUUGAGUGUAGUGUUUUGUCUUUCCAAGUCUUGUUCAGAUCAGGUGUAUUCGAGGUGCCAAAUAUGCUUUUUCUCAUACAUUCCCACCUCUCUCGUCACACACACACACGCACAUAUGCGCAACCCGUCCACACAGUGUGUUCCAGUCUGAUGAGUACUAUAGUCUAGGAGCAAUUCCUGGGUGUUUCCCUCACUGAGUAACUGCUUGGUCAGACCUGAGUCGCUGUAAGAAGUAUAGUCACUAUUUCGAUAAGUAGACCCAGUCUGGGGUUGUACUGGGGUAGUACUGCUGAGUGGACAGGUAGAGGACAAGAGGAUAGAUUGGAAGAAUCUGCUGAUGCUGUGAAGUUAAACUAUUUCAAAAUAUCAUUAUAUUAUUGUGCUAGUACUAUUGUUAUACAUUGGUGUAUUAGUGCUAUUAAAUUAGUCCUAUAUGAAUGUGCUAUUAGGAGCAUGUAGCCAUUUAUCUGAUUAUAACGCAAAGGCAGGUGCAAGUUUAGCUGAACCACAAGUCCAGUGCCUGUCAACAUUAUAUUAAUAAUCAGAUUAGUUGGUGGCGAACAGUGGCCUUUAUUCAUAUUGAUAUCAUUUGGUCACUGUACUAUUUGUUUUCACACUAAUUAUGUCUUAGAAUAGAAUGGGGAUGCCAUUGCCAAUAUAACCAUCCCAGGUCUAAACAAACACUCACAAAACCUAAUAAGCUGUAAACUGUUGGUGCCAAUGGAGAGACCUGAGGAAAGAAAACUCAAAUAUUACAGCAGACCUAGCAUUUGGAUGUGUUAUUGCUUUUACUAUUUUUGACCAUUUGGUACCGCCAGGGAAAAAUAAUAAAGAGCCAUGAUUUCCCGGCUGUGUAGGUGGUAACUUGGCUCUCCUCUCUUUCCCUCUCUCUCUCUUUCAGGACACAGGGUGAAGCUGGAGGACCCCCAGAAGAUGCAGUUCUCUGAUAGGCUGACAGAGAUUGAGCGCUACCAGCGGGCCAGCCUGAGGAUGGUGCCUGGUAACCCCCAGCCCCGGCCCAUGCACCAGAGCCACCUCGGGCCCUCCACCCAGUCCCAGAUACAAGGUAGGACCGCUAACCACACAGGAAUAACUAUCACACUGACUCACUCACACUGUCUGUCCCAAAUCAGUGUUGCUCACUCAUCACAAAACACUCCACGUUCUGCUACAGCACUGUAUAUAGGGGUUAGCGCUACAAAUGCCUCUCCCUGCCUACAGUGAGAGCUGACUUUGACAUUAGUUUCAAGUGUUAUUAGUCAUAUGUACAGGAUACACAUGGUAUACACCGUCCAACAAAAUGCUUAUUUGCAGGUUCCUUCUCGACAAUGAAACAACAAUAAGAAAAUAUAAGAAUACGAACAUAAAGUAAAUGGCUCAGUAGAAUAGAAUAAACAUUUUAGCAUAAGUAUAAUACAGGGGUGUAUACAGUAUGUGUGUGCGUGCAUGCUAAGGUGCGGAGAGUCAGAGCAGGUGUUCAGUCCAGUUCAAGUGUUCAGCAGUCUGAUGGCUUGUAGAUAGAAACUGUCUCUGAGCCCGUUGGUAUCAGAACUCAUGCUCCGAUAUCGUCUGCCCAACGGAAAGGGAGUGAACAGCUCGUGGCUGUGGUGUUAUGAGCGGAGUUAGCCUGUAUGAUCUGACUGUGACAUAUAAUGAACUGACGGUGUUGUUCUAACUUUAUCUCUAUGGGCUGAAUUAGCCUGUAUGUGGCAGGCUGAGGCCCCAGGUUGAGUACAACCCUCCCUGCUGAUAUGAGAGCCCAGACCUGGGGGAGGGUCCAGUACAUUUACUGGCAGGGGCCGCUCACUCACGCCAGCUCUGUCCCCGGAUGCCCUGCGUCGGUCACAGGAUCCAGUCUGGGGCCAGGUGGCACCCUGAUUACUGCCAAACAGCCUGGCGAGGGCACUGGGGCUGGUUCACCACACCACUCUACAGCCUCAGGAAUCUCACAGCCGCCUGCUACCUCCGCAAUCACGUCAGUCUCAGACUGACUGGCACAACAGGGCAGAUCUGCAGUGGAGACAGGGGGGAGGAGGUGUGUGUGUGUCUAAGGGGAGAGGAGGUACGUGGGUGGAGGUUCGCUCUCAGACAUAUGUCAGAGCUUCUUAACGUGAUGGCAUGUCUGGAUGUGUGCAGACAAAACACGAACACACACAGACACAAACACACACAAGGCACACACACACACUGUCCUCUCCCACCCACUCCCUAGUUCUCAUGCAGGGGGUUAGGGCUGACAGACAGAGUAAGGCUCCUUCCCAGUUAAUGAGUUGCUAUCAGUGUGUUUAGGAGUGUUUUGCUCUCUGUGGGUGGAAGUGUAUCUCUCAUGGGGUUUAACCUUGUGCUCCUGACUCACCACGGUGGACCUACCUAUCUUACAGCUGAGCUUACACAACUGUGGUUAUCAGCACCAGCUUUGAUUUAGUUUGACUGAUGUUGUUGUUCCCCCAUAAGUGCCAUGUAAUGUACUGAACAUGGCCAAGGAACAUCAUCUACCAGUCCUGUGGACCAGUAGGACCAGGAGUAGUUGGAAUCUAGACAGAUACAAUAAAUGUAUUUAAUGCAUGUUGUCUGCCAAUGGAAGGGCCAUGGCAGGUAAGCUUAUCCAGAGGGACUUAUCCAUAAGGGCUUGCUUAAUAUCUCCAAAUUCCUCCCGUCUAGCAGGAGAGGUGUACAGACAAUGCUGGGAUGGCAUGUGAAGAAAAGCGCUGUGCUCUGCACACGUUUGCCUAGCUGCAGGAGGAUUAGGGCAGGAAUUACCUCUUUAUAGGCCUGUCAGAUCUCAAAGACCCACACCAGUAGAACACACACACACACUGGGCGCGCUCACAAACACAUGUGGGGCGCAUGCAUGCACAACCCCCACACACAAACACACAUGCACACGCACACACACCUCCAGCAUAGACACAACACAUUAAUGUGGCUCAGAGCCGUCAGGGAUGAGAGGCAUAGAGCUCCAAACUGAUUCCACACAACACCCGCCAGGUGCUAGGGGCCCUCUCGGAAGAGUGUGUGUGUGUGUGUGUGUGUGUGAGGAGGACUGUAAAACCACACACCUUAAUCUCUGAUAUUACCAUCAAGACUUUGUAGCUCAGCACUAGUGCUAAAAUAAUUCAAUAACAGUGAAGAUACAUUUUCCCUCCUCUCAGCUACCUACUGUCUACACAGGCUUUAUAUGUACGCUAUGACAUAGAUCACUGGGCAUCUCCAUGCAUAUAUAGCAUCUUAGACAACACGCAACUACAAACACAGCUCAAACUAAAAUAGUACCCUUUGAAAUAAAUACAUUUAGAAACAGGGAUGUAUUUACAUAUAAACAAGACACACUCUGCUUUUGGCAGCCGUCGCAGGCAGUUGAAUUUUGCAGAGGAUCACAGGUUAAUAGAUGAGCCAUCAACACUUUAUAAUUAAAUUGAUUCCCAUCUUGCUGUUGCAAAAUAUGUUUUUCAUUAUCCACACAUAAACCUUGACUUUCCAGCCGACAACAACAUGAGAAAAUACAAUAUCAUCUCCUACUAAAGCCCUUCGCUUCAUAUUGUUGUCUGAGCCAUGAAAUAGAGACUGAGUUUUGUUAACACAACGCUUUUGAGACGUCUGCUAAACUCACACACACACACACAGUUACGUGCCAAUGUUGCAAGCUCUGCUAGCGCUCUAGACAGACAGGAUAAUUAAGAGCUCAUUACAGCGCAUGCAGUGACAGGAUUCAAUCCCUGGCAGACACUACGCUUGCUCGGCUAGCCGCUUGUUUUUGUUCAGCCGUGACCACAGGUGAGCCUGCUGUGAGGAAUGAUCCUACGGGAGGGCGUGUGGGGAGCUGUGUGUGUGGCUCUGCCAGGGCAGUCAAGCAAAUCCCACACUCAGACAAUCAGGUCCAAAAUUGUUAUUCUGGUUUUCUAAAUGUCAGGUGAUGUGUAUGUGUGUUUUAAUGAUAUUCAGAGAAUGCUGUCCAUCUCCUUAAAGCAUCCUGGGUAUAAAGUCUACAGUUCAUACCAGUCUUACCAGCCAGACAAAGAUGUUAAGUAUUAGAUUUCAACGAGACGCUAGACAUAAUCCUGGCGAUUCCAGUUUUCCUCUUUCCCUUUUCAAAAGGAGAGUAAACUAAACAAGGGGCUUUAACAAGCUCGCCAGAACAAAGCUGCUCUUUUAACUUAAAUGCGUUAAGAAAAAAAGACAGCAGCAAUUUAAUCAUCCAAAAGAAAGUAUUUUGCCUUUUGAGGUGGUAUCAUUUAACAUGCUAUUUGUUCCAACACCUGUGUUUUUCUGACUGGAGAUGAAUAUCAGAUACUAGCAUAACUUUCAGUCAUCUAGUCAAGUGCUCACUGCUUUGAUGAGGACCCAAUAAACCUGUGGUGUGGAGGAAAGUGUGUGUGUGUGUUGGCUGUGAGUGAUAAAACACACUCUAGUUGUAUUAAUUCCCCUAUCCCGAUGAGGAAUAUAUUCUUAAUGAUUCUAGCAGAGCAGGAAACAAAGGACCACCUCCAUGGUGCCCAGGAGAACCACAUCUCAGCACCCGGUUAAGACCCCCACUAAAGACUGGCAAGGCAGCAUGCCAGGAGACUGCAGUUCUGGGGUUAUGGUAACCUCACAUUAAAUCUAGGCCUUUAUGAUGGCUAUGAUAAUACAGGAUGCUCCUUGUAAUGCUUCAGAGAAUGUACUGUAUGUUAAUAAUGGUUUUUAUUUUAUUUUAUUAGGAUCCCCAUUAGCUGUUGCAAAAGCAGCAGUUACUCUUCCUGGGUCCACACAAAACAUGACAUAAUAAAGAAUAUUAAUAGACCUAUUAAGGCAUACGUAGCCUACAUAUCAAUACAUACACACAAACUAUCUAAGUCAAAUAGGGGAGAGGUGUUGUGCUAUGAGGUGUUGCUUUAUAGUUUUUUUUUUUUUUUUUAAACUGGUUUGCUGUUCAUUUGAGCAAUAUGAGAUGGAACGGAGUUCCAUGCAAUAAUGGCUCUAUAAAAUACUGUUCACAAGGUGGCAUGCUAAGCCAUGGCACCUGUAUGGAAUAGGUCCCAAAUAGCAGGGGUCAAAAUAAAACAAUUUACUGGUGGUUACAGUAGAUACUCCACCAAUAAACCAAAACUGUGCCAAUGGCAUAUAUCUGCAGCAGUUCUGCUGUGAUGAAAUGUCAAACAGGUGAAUCUAUCCCGGAUUCUCUCUGGUUGUGAAAGUCCUGCUAGCUAGAGGGAGGUCCUACCCCUCCUCUCCUGUCCACAGUGACCACACUGUUUACUCCACAUAAACAAGCCGGCUGGCCCCCCAAGCGAAUGCCUGCUCCAGUCUCUAGUCUACCACAAACAGCCCUGAUCAGACCCACAGCCCCUAACCGCUAGUCUAGGGUCAGAUAUUAUUUAAUUCUCCUAAUGGUAAAUGUUAGGAUGUGGAGUUGGGUAAUCUGAUCCUGGAUCUGUGUCUACCUCAAACCUCAAACCCACUCUAACACCCAGCAGGACAUGAUCAACCAAUUAGAACCAACAAAGAGUCACUGUAAGACACAACAAGUAUGCCAGUCCCUGGAGCAGGCAGCCAGGCACAAAGCACAUGCUUAUAAAGGAAAAGGCCAAAGCAUCGUGCUCCAAUGUCUCUGUUUAGUACCAGAUGUGCUUACUAGGUCAUUGUGUUGGUCUGUGGGUCGUUGACUAUCUGUCAGGACAAGACCAGAGAGAGGUGGCCAUGCUGUGAGCCUGGUAGAGAUGCUGUUGGCUCCAAGCUCCAUUUGGGCAGCAAUGCAUGCUGGUCCGUGCCAAACCCCUACAGGAAAGGAGCUCUCAGGCCAAACACAACCAAAACUAGCGGGAAUCCAGACCAGCGACGAGGGAUUCUGUUUUACUUCUCCAGCACUGUAUUUACAUAAUAUAUCAAUGGUAGCCAUGGGGUUUAUUUGUUAUGGUGCCUAAGAGCUACACUUGUGGUUACUCUCUUUUUGUGACCUUAGUUAGACCUGAAUUAUUCAAACUGAAAAUGUUUUUGUUCUCCACUAAAAAAAAUAUUAUCUUUUGAAGCCAUCUCUCCACAUUAAGCAGGAAAAAUAGAAAAUAUAGCUUUUUUUUACCAGACUCAACUGUUUGUGUUAGUUAUAAUUUUACAUCAGAGCUGGUCGAGCUUUACAUUUCAGCAAUUACAGAAACUACAUGUGCGCAUUGAACAGUCUCUAUUGAGUCUGAGGAGAGGGGGAAGGGAGGGUGGGGGGCUCUCAAAUAGAACAUAGGAUUUUUCAGUCGAUGUGUUUGUUUUUACUCAUGUUUAAGUGAGGGCUCAAAAGACAUAUCAAGUGUCCCACAUAGCUAAGCCAAGGCCAUGUUCCUCCCCUCUAACUCACUCUCUAACUCGCUCUCUCUCUCUCUCCCUUCCUCGCUGGCGUCUUUCUCUCUCUCUCCCCCUCUCACUCUGUCUCUCUUGCUCGCGCUCACAUUCUCUCUCUCCAUGGCGACGCCUAGGGUCUAAGCGAAACAGGAAGCCAGCACAAGGCCCGGCAUUCACUGUGUCUCAAUGACACGCUUCAUUACGACAGGCGCAUUACAUGUCUCUGAGGCGCUGACGGAUCCGGAGUCACGAGGACAGACACCAUCUUGGCUCGAAACGUCUCAGCAGACGUCCUUUCAUCUCUAACUGCACUUCAAAAGCAGAGCAUGUGUUUAUUUGUGUCCUCCCAGCCAUCAGUGACGCCACCCCAAAAACGUUCAUAUUUGUGACGCAGCCGUCGUCUUCUACCCCUAAUGCACCUACCCCCUUCCCCCCAAUCUCUGGCCCCGCCCAGGAGGCUGAGCCUCAUAUUAACAGGGGUAAUCUGUGCCGCUGGUAUUGACGUUGUCCACCGGCCAAUCAAAAUAUUUGAAGGAAAUGUUUAUUUUCUUGAGCGGAUCGCACCAGCUGCUUCGAAGCCUUUCUGAAUAACCCCAUUUAUGUGUAAGAAUUUCCCAUUGUGGGGCAAAGCGCGGGACCUCUCAGAGGCUAAGUGCUGAUCCGGGCCUUUGGAGAGGAAGUCGAGUAGCUCUGGGGGUGAGAGAGCUUUUACACACCCCAGCCCCAGCCAGCCUAGGCCCAGUGUGGGCAUAGGUGAACACCCCCCCUCCCCUCCACCUCCUCCCCCUGUUCCUGGCCCCUCUCAAGGUCAGGAUCACAACUGCUAAUAUAGCGGUUAGGAUGUUGUUCCUCAGCUCAUACUAUAGUGUAGUGUUACUGUAGCAGGACUAGAACCAGGGACAUAACCAGGAACUCUCCAGGCCUUAGUUACUGUAUGUUCAUGUCAAAACUGCAAUACAAAUAUACUGAACAAAAAUAUAAACGCAACAUGCAACAAUUUCAAAGAUUUUACUGAGUUACAGUUCAUAUAAGGAAAUCAGUCAAUUGAAAUAAAAUCAUUUGGCCGAAAUCUAUGGAUUUCACAUGACUGGGAAUACAGAUAUGCAUCUGUUGGUCACAGAUACAGUACCUUAAAAAAAGAUAUGGGCGUGGAUCAGAAAACCAGUAAGUAUCUGGUGUGACCAUCAUUUUCCUCAUGCAGCGUGACACAUCUCCUUCUCAUAUAUUUGAUCAGGCUGUUGAUUGUGGCCUGUGGAAUGUUGUCCCACUCCUCUUCAAUGGCAGUGCAAAGUUGCUGGAUAUUUGUGGGAACUGGAACAUGCUGUUGUACAAGUCGAUCCAGAGCAUCCCAAACAUGCUCAAUGGGUGAAAUGUCUGAUGAGUAAGCAGGCCAUGGAAGAGCUGGGACAUUUUCAGCUCCCAGGAAUUGUGUAAAUAUCCUUACGACAUAAGGCCGUGCAUUAUCAUGCUGAAACAUGAAGUGAUGGCGGCGGAUGAAUGGCAUGACAAUGGGCCUCAGGAUCUUGUCACGGUAUCUCUGUGCAUUCAAAUUGCCAUCAAUUAAAUGCAAUUGUGUUCAUUGUCCAUAGCUUAUGCCUGCCCAUACUAUAACCCCACUACCACCUUUGGGCACUCUGUUCACAACGUUGACAUCAGCAAACCGGUCGCCCACACGACACCAUACACGUGGUCUGGUUGGACGUACUGCCAAAUUCUCUAAAACAAUAUUGGAGGCAGCUUAUGGUAGAGAAAUUAACAUUCAAUUAUUUGGCAACAGCUCUGGUGGACAUUCCUGCAGUCAGCAUGCCAAUUGCACUCUCCUCAAAACUUGAGCCUUCUAUGGAAUUGUGUUUUAGAGUGGCCUUUUAUUGUCCCCAGUACAAGGUGCACCUGCGUAAUGAUCAUGCUGUUUAAUCAGCUUCUUGAUAUGCCACACCUGUCAGGUGGCUGGAUUAUCUUGGCAAAGGAGAAAUGCUCACUAACAGGGAUGUAAACAAAUUUGUGCACAAAAUUGGAGCGAAAUUAGUUUUUUGUGCAUAUGGAACAUUUCUGCUAUCUUUUAUUUCAGCUCAGGGAACAUGGGACCAACACUUUACAUGCUGCAUUUAUAUUUUUGUUCAGUGUAUACUGUAUACAGUGUAUUCAGCUGAAAUAAAAGAUUGCAGAAAUGUUCCAUACGCACAAAAAGUAUGUCAAAAUCAGCCUCCUGCGGUGUGGCCGUUGAGUGUGAACGAGGGUCUCACGCGCUGCGCCAGUAGGGAUUAUUCUCUCCCUGACAGGCUGACUGGACAGGCCAACAAAGGCCUCACACCUCCUCCACUCCCCAGCCCCCUGAGAGACCAAAAUAUCUCUGUUAGCUCCAUCAGCCCCUCAGCCCUGUUUUCCCAAGCCCUCUCUCCAGUCUCACUCCAGUGAGAGUUCCCCUUCUACCCUCCUCUCUGCUCAGUCAGCACAGGCAGGCCUGUCACAGGUAGACAGCCAAACCACCAUACUCAGAUGACUUUGACAUGUUGCUGGCUUUUUUUAGGGCAUUGAAGAGAUCUGCACUCCCCUCACUCGAACACAGUAUGCGCACAGAACUACAGAAUCAUAACCAGGAACUAUUCUCUCUAAUCCUCUUGCACUUCUACUGUGCAUCAGAAUUAGAAACACUCAUGUUUUGAGGUUGUUAUCAUACCUGCCCAGACUACAGUAGUGUCAGGCUAGUGUCAUGUCUAAAUUCUCCUUAAUUAACACAUACUAUCUAUAUCCAUUGCAGCCCUGUGGUCUGACCAGAUUGACCCACCAACUCUGAAGACAUGCAAGGUGGAGGACGACCUCAGAUGGUCAAGUAAGAGAGAUAUUAUAUCUACUCAACCUGGGGCCCCUAUCCCAAACUACUCUACGUCGCCUUACUUCUCACUUGUGCUUUCUCUAUAUUAUUUUCCCAUGUUCUCGCUCGGGUUUUCUAUGUCUUUCUUUCGGCCUCUCUCAUUCACACACCCUACCACAGCAGUAGGAAGUAAACAAGCAUCCCGCUCUCCUUAGAUGACCCCAGUUUUAUGUGCAUUUCAGCGUGAGUCAUAUCUGUGUGUGUGUAUGUGUGCGCAGGCCUAUAUGGGAAAUAUGUUUGCAAGUGUUGUUUGUUGGUUUCUGAGGCUUAAUCAUAACAUGCAAGGCCCAAUCACUGCGCAGUACGAGAGGCGUGGUGAGCAAUAAGAGAUGGCCAUAAUUACUAGUCUGAGAAAACAGGCAGGAAAAAUACAGAGAGGGGAUGAUUGAGAGGGCUUGGACUACAUACACAUCAUCACCCUAGCCAAUUCACACUAUCCAACAUCUUCAAGAGUAGGUGAGAACAACAAUUGAAACACUCUGCUUCAUAUCAAUAGUCAAUCAAUCAUCUCUUUGACAAGGUGGAAUUAGUAUGGAGAUAGUGGAAGAGCUGUAACCAAGGGUAUGCAAAGGGCGUUCCACUCGUUGUGACAUUUUGGGGAAUGCGUUUUGGUUUGCCUUCAGAGCUCUGGAUCCCAGAACAUUCCUGAACACCCCCUCCCUCCCUCCCUGGUGUUUUGGCACUUUUCUUCUCCUGCCCCACAGCCACUCAGCCACCCACCCAUUCUCUUCCCAGAAACCACCAAAGCACACUGCACCAGACCUGCUGAGUCAUCUGCUCACACACCCUUCAAUGUUACUCCUCGAUGAUCCUCAUACUCAGCCCUAUCUGUAUGACUCAUCAGUUAGGCUUGCAGGAAAUUCACUGUUUUCAAUAGGUUUGAUAAGGGAAAGCCCCUGUUGUAAAACAGACUUUAGAUGUGACUGUCAAUGAUUUCCAAACAAAACGCAGCAGUUUCAUCAUUUUUCAAUGACUAGAAGAUGGAAUGUACAUGGCGAUGGAAUGCAUAGAUUUACAUAUUUACUUUUGACACUAUGCGAGCGAGACAUUCACUUGCCAGAUAUUCACUUCAGAACAAGAUACUCACUAGGGUGUGAAAAGUGGAAUUGACGUUUGAUGGGGACUAAAGGUAGUGGGGAGAAGUCCUAAUGUCUAAUUAUGAAAUUCAUAUCCAAUUCCAGAGAGACAGAGAUUAUUAAAGUAUUACGAUCAAUAAUAAUAUCUAGGAGUGCACAUGCCACCUGGCCAGAACUCAUUAACUCUUUACCAAUAAGUCAUACAAGGAAAUAACAUAGUCCAUUUAGUUAACAAAUCCAAACUCAUAAAUCACAUCUGGUUCGUUGAUGCAUUAGGAAAAUCUUGGUGUUUUAUCAUCACAAACUCCCUAAUGCCUCAAUCGUGUUGCUAGUGAUAGGUAGGGCCAUGCAAAACCUGCUGGGCUCACAUGCUACAGUGGCUGCCAUGGAGAGGGCUUUGGGGUUGUUGACCGUGUUGUUCUAGUUCAGAAGAGCCACGGUAAGAGGUGAAGGCUAUUUGCAUCAGAUGCGAAGCUCCGACCCCAAGGCCUAAGCGCUUAAACAAACAUCUACGGAUUAUUUGUGUCUCCUAUUCUUUGGCUUGUGGACCAACAUUAUUUCCCUGGCAUUGUAUUUCUUGGCCAAACUGACUAUUCUUGUGGCGUUUGGUCAAGAUCUCACUCAGCAUUCGUAACAUAACUUUUCAUUCUCACCACUCAUCACAAAAAAAUCUAAUCUACUCUCAAAUCAGUGAUGGUCUGGGAAGCAUGGGACAGUCACUCCUCUCUGGCUGCGGUCUGAGAGAAGGAGAUGAAAGGAGAAGAGAUUUCUCUCUCUCCAUCUAUCUCUCUCUGGGCCAGCCUGGUCUGAGGUUUUCUCCCUCUUUCCCACCCCUCCACUUAUUUGCCUGAGACACCAUUCCCUGGGUGCUGCUCGUCACAGUUUGCAUUCAGCCUAAGUAAACAUUUCACAGGUGAGCGCCUGGAUUUGCAUCCCCAACCCCUCCACACACACACACCUCGCUGGCGACCUCAGCUCGCCCUUAUGUUAACAACCAAAAUCAGUUUCUCCCGUAAGCAAAUGAGGCAAACCUCCCUCCAUAUCUGGGUUACACGCUUGACUGUGGACUAGUGGACCUCAGAGAGUGAGAGAGAGACAGAGAGAGAUUUCCCCCGGUCCAGAACUCAAUAUGGGAGCGCGCACACAAGCAAGGGAGCGAGGGAAAGAGAGGAGAGUGAAGGAAAGGAAGGAGCGCGCUAGAACACUGUGUUCUCUAUAAAAAAAACUUAAUUCCCAGCCGCCACCCCUUUUAGAGUGGGAACAUCACAGACGCCGGGCCGCACCAACUAGCCCUCUGGGGUCCAUCCCCUCUCCUGUCCCUGCAAUUUAGUCAACACGUUUCAGCUGAGCCUAAUGGAGAUCAUGUGUGGGGUGGGCCGCUGCUACCAACUAGGCCGCGUCAGGACCAAAGAGCCACCACUCCUCCUCCCCUGUACCCACAGCCCGGCUGUUACCACAGCCCCAGAGCCCCGGAGCCACGGAGCCACGGAGCCGCAGAGCCUCAGCCUAUAAUUAGCUGGCAGAGAGACGAGGAGGGGGCUGUGUGUGGAUCAGGGUAGCUAACAGAAGAUUGCAAAACUGUGGUUCUGUGUGUGAGUAGAGAGUUGUUGAUCUACCCCUCUCCUCUAGAGGGAGCAGCUGAGCUGCUGAGAGGUGAAAAGUGGUGGUGGGUGCUCUCUGGCUGGCCGACCGCCAAGGUUGUGACAGGACACAACCCCAUUAAGGUGUUGUGAUAAGUGUCCAGUUGAGUUUCCCCUGACGAAAUACAGGAGCCUCUCCCCGCCGCAAUUUAGUCAACACGUUUCCACUGGCGACAAUUAAAUAGAGAUCAUGUGUGGGGUGGGCCAAAGCCGCCAGAGCCAUCAAGUCCCCGUGCCACAGAUACAGGCUCCACCCUGAAGCCUAUAUUUAUCAGGGAGAGACAGAGAGACAGAGAGAGAGAGCGAGAGAGAGAGAGAGCGAGAGAGAGAGAGAGAGAGAGAGAGAGAGAGAGAGAGAGAGAGAGCUUUUUGGGAGUCCGGUAGGAAUUAGUGGGCCGACUCCACUUAUACUGAAUCAACAGCAGCUGAAGGUUUGGAUUUUCUUUGCGUGAAAUCAGAUACGGGGCCCGACUCUGGUGCCUGGUAGACUCUGGAAAAAGAAACUGUCCCCCCCCCCCCCCCCCCAACCCUCCUCACUAACCCCACUUCAUCCGAAAAGGAAGAGAAUUUCAACUGUAGAAAAGAAAUGUGUUCUUGAGAAAAGAAAGCAGGAGCCGUGGAAAUUGCAAAGGAACAGAUUUUUUUGUUGCUGAAAAUGGACCCAGUUCUCCAGACGUAGGGGAAAGACAUUUCAACAAGACUGUGGCACGCAAGUUCAGCAUCUUCCCCCCUCGGGGCUGUGGCGUGCAAGCGCUUGCUGUUUCACAAAUACAGUCUGUCUUUUCUCUGUCAUCCAAAUCCACAUUUUAUACUAGAGUCAUGUGGGAACACUGAGCCCAUCAAAACCAAAUCCAGUAGAAUCAGACAAACAAAUGAGUAGGUUCAGACAGGGGUGUGUGUGAGUGUGUGUGUGUGUGUGUGUGCACGUGCGUGGCAGGUGCAAGGAACCACGUCACACCUGUUGGCAUUCACAAUGUAGGUUGAGCUCCCCCAAGCCACAGCACAGGACAAGUCAGUCAAUCAAAUUCCAGAGCGUACAUACAUACCUGCAUGCCCACCUUACUCAAUAACUAACUAUUCAUCAGUACACAUAUGCCAUUCUUUCCUAUGUCCUAGAAAAUCGCCCACGCUACAGGCAACAAACAGUUCUGCUGACAAGACCAACAUUCAGCCCAUUACCCUAUGUACAUCUAGAUUAAAACAUACACUGAGAGUACAAAACAUUAGGAACACCUUUUGCCCUCAGAACAGCCUCAAUUCGUCGGGGCAUGGACUCUACAAGGUGUCGAAAGCCUUCCAUUGCAGUAGGAUAGCAAGAUGGGGAGAUUUACCAAUGAUGACACAGGUGAAGGGUAUUGUCAGAACAAAAAUCCAUAACAUAAAGUCUAAAUGACGAUGCCAUAAUAAAAGUCUCAGUCAGAUAUAGGCCUACGUUACAUAUUUAAUAUUAUAAAACAUAUAUUUCUUAUUCCAAAACCAUGGCUACAGUAACAAGAAAACCGUCAGACAUGAUUCAGAGAUGAGUGACAGUUGUCAGGUGUUCUAUAGCUCCCGUUGGCCUACUUUCUCAUUGGUGAUUGACUGCCGCACCCUGAGCAAACCUUCAUUCUUGACUGCCUGCCAAAAAGAAAUUAAACUGAUCGAGUAGAGAGUUUCAAGUUUUAAUGUCACGUGCACAAGUACAGUGAAAUGCCUUUCUUGCAAACUCAAUAUAGUACUAAAAAUAACAUAAGGUAGAACAAAACAGACAAGAAAUAAAAAAGAAAGAAGAACAGGGGAAAGUAAGAAGCUAUAUACAGGAUAAACAGAUUAGCAGCAGCGUAAAUGAAGGUUGUAUGUGACUGUAUGUGUGUAUAGAGUCAGUAUAAAUGUGUGUGCAUGUUAUGUGUGUGUUGGAGUGUCUGUGUCAGCGUGUGUGAGUGUGUAGAGUCCUGUGAGUGUGCAUAGAGACAGUGCAAAAAUAAAUACAAAGGUAGUCCGUUUAACAGAGAUAUUAAACGUCAGUUUAUUGGUUUUCAGAAGCCUACAUCACACGGAAUGAAGAAAAAAUAACUAUUGUCAAUAUUGGUAAUUGUAAGUGGAGCCUUUAUGGGUUCCCUACGUGACUGAUCCCACAGGUAGACUAGCUGAAGGCCUAGGUGCAUACAUUAAAUGCAUGGUGUGUGCAUCUGUCCCUGUAUGCACCUAUCAAACCCAAUUACUACAGUAUAGUAGGUGGCAGCAUACAGUAGCCAGAACAGCCAGCUACCAGAUGAAUGAGAAGCCUAAGGGACAAACACACACACAGGAACUGGCUGACCCUGUAUAUAACUUCUUACUUUCUCAUGUUCUUAUUUCUUAUUUUUAUUUCUCGUGUGUUUUUGUUCUACCUUGUGUUAUUUUUAGUAUUGCAUUGUUAUUGAUUACUGCAUUGCUGGGUUUAGAGCUUGCAAGAAAGGCAUUUCACAUUUCACACACUAAAACUUGGAACUUGAAACACACACAUUUGGAAAGAACUGCCAGAUCAGCCUAACCCUACAGUCAUGCAUGGGUUUUUGUGGGGGAGUAUGGUGUUGUGCUUAAGGAAAUAUGCUGGUGACAGGAGUUGCCCCAAAUCCCAGCGAGGAAAACUGCAGAGUCAAACCAUUGAGCAAGAUCUGAAUUUCCUCUGUCAGUUGAAUAAAUUAGGGAAUGUUUGGCUGUGAAAUUUAAGUCAAAACAGCUGGCUUUUGUGUGCUGUGUUACCUAUGCGACUACACUUCAGGAUAGUUUAGCACUGACAAGAAUGUGACAUUGAUACGGCUUGCAUUACUUUUACAAAAUACACAAAUACGUAGAAAUCUCCCUCUCCCUCUCCCCCUUUCCCUACCUCCUUCCCUCUGUCUGAAUGUGAUGGUUAGCUCUUUAGUUUCCUGUUCCCACUCUUCAGUGUAAAGUACAAUAUGUAGAGUUACACAACAGCACACGCUGCACAACAAGCUGUCAGUGUUGACUCAAAGCACUACUCUGCUCUGACAAUGCCUCUUUUCAUUCCUCCAAAUAACAGAUAACACUGUUACUGUACAUUACUCUGGUUCAGCUGGUAGGGUUCUGUAGGAGGGCUAUGCUAAGGCUGAGAGGGAGGACACUCAUAAUUUCAUCUGGUGAACAGAGCUGUGUGGUGAUGUGCUGUCACAGCUUGAUGUCUCAGUUUAUUACUUCUAGCUAGCUAGUGUUUGCAGGGUUGUAGACUGGAGGCCCACACUGUCAGUUGGGGAUGUGGUACUUUACUACAGCUUCCUGUCAAAGGAAGGAACUCUGACUCUCCCUUUCUCACUUUGACUCAAACAUUUCCAUGAGUGGGUCUAUGUGCGCCAGGAGUCUCUAAACCAAAUAUGUUGUUUCUCUCUCAGGUCCCACCGCUGACCUCUUCCCCCAGAGGACCUCCUUCCCUUCUCUGUCCCCGCUGACCGACCCCCGUUUCUCGGACCCACGCAUGCACUACCCAGGGGCCUUCACCUACUCAACCAACCCCUCCAGCACAGGCAUUGGAGGCCUCAGUGUGACGGGCAUGUCUGCCUCCUCCCGCUACCACACCUACCUGCCCCCGCCCUACCCGGGAAACCAGAACCAGGGCAGCCACUUCCAGUCCAACACCUCCCCCUACCACCUGUACUACGGCACCGGGUCCGGCUCCUACCAGUUCUCCAUGGUGGGCCCGACCGGGACCGGGGGUGAGCGUUCCCCCACCCGCCUGCUGCCUUGCUCUGGAGUCUCAGCCUCUGGAGGGGGCAACAGCCUGAUGAACCAGGGCCUGAGCAACCAGAGCGAGGGGGUGGAGGCAGACGGCAGCCACAGCAACUCCCCUACGGCUAUGAGCGGGUCUGGACGCAUGGACGAGUCUGUCUGGAGGCCUUACUGA